AUGGAUCCUUCACAGGCCGAGGAGGAAGAGGAGGAUGAGGAGGAGAACGAGGCCAUCCUGGAGCGUUUGAUGGCGCGCCUGGACCGGGAUCUGGCGCGCCGGGAGCUGGACCAGGGCUUCACGGUGCUGCAGGAGCUGGGCAGCGGCUCCUAUGGGUCCGUGCUCCUCACCCAGCCCCACGAGGGAGGCCCGCCGGUGGUGCUGAAGGUGCUGCGGAAGGAGCGCACGGAGCGCCGGGCUUUCCUGCGGGAGUUCUGCAUCGCGCGGUGCGUGUCCGGGCACGGAGGGUGCCUGCGGGCGCUGCCCAUCGCCUUCGAGAGCAGCACCCACUUCAUCUUCGGGCAGGAGCUGGCGCCCGUCGGGGACCUCUGCGAGCUCCUCAGGCCGGGGCAGGGUCUCCCCGAACCCCAGAUCAAGCUCUGCGCCUCCCAGCUCUCCUCCGCCCUGGAUUUCCUCCACUCCCGCGCCCUGGUCCACGGCGACGUCAAAGCCGACAACGUCCUCCUCUUCGAGCCCCACUGCCGCCGCGUGAAGCUCGCCGACUUCGGCCUCACCCGCCUGCAGGGCUGCCCCAUGGCGCCGCUGCCCUCCCCCCUGCCCCACACCCCCCCCGAGCUCUGCUCCUUGCGGGCUUCCCAAACCCUGGCCCUCGAUCCCAGCCUCGACGUUUGGGCCUUCGCCGUCCUCCUCUUCUGCCUCAGCACCGGAUGCUUCCCUUGGGCCGUCGCCAUGGAGACGGAUGCGGCCUUCGCCCGUUUCAGCGCUUGGCAACGGGGGGAGGCCGUGGUACCCGAGGAGUGGGGGGGGAUGGGGGCGGCGGCCCUAGGGAUGCUCCGCAGGCUCCUGAGCCUGGAUCCCGACCGCAGGAGCCCCGCCGUGGAGGUGCACAAGUACCUGGAGAUGCCCUGGGGGGGGUCCCCCUGCAGUACCUCGGUUCCGGCACUGGGUGGCAGCAGAGAGCGGCAGCGCUCGCUAUGGCCACAGGCGCCCCCUGCAGUACCCGCUAUGGCCACACGAUGGCAGCACCGAAACCACCCCCCCUCACCCCCAGCCCCCCGGUACAAAUCAGUGCCCAUCACUCACACCCCAAUGAAACCAGGCCUGGAAUGA